CCGUCCCCGCCGGGGAAGGGGAGACUCCCCCGCCCGGGGCCCGCCCCGGCUCCGCGCUGAGGCGGCGGCGGAGCGCGCCGGGGCUGCCCGGCCAUGGAGCGCUACGAGAAACUGGGCAAGGUCGGGGAGGGCUCCUACGGCGUCGUCUUUAAAUGCCGCAACAAGGACACGGGGCAGAUUGUGGCCAUCAAGAAGUUCCUGGAGUCCGAGGAGGACCCGGUGAUCCGGAAGAUCGCCCUGAGGGAGAUCCGCAUGCUCAAGCAACUCAAACACCCGAACCUGGUGAAGCUGCUGGAGGUGUUCCGGAGGAAGCGGCGGCUGCACCUGGUGUUCGAGUACUGCGAGCACACGGUGCUGCACGAGCUGGGCAAGCACCCCCGCGGGGUGCCAGAGUACCUGGUGAAGAGCAUAACCUGGCAGACCCUGCAGGCUGUGAACUUCUGCCAUAAACACAAUUGCAUCCACCGGGAUGUAAAGCCAGAGAACAUCCUGAUAACAAAGCACUCGGUCAUCAAACUCUGUGACUUUGGAUUUGCCCGAAUCCUGACUGGUCCCAGUGACUACUACACCGACUACGUGGCCACCAGGUGGUACCGCUGCCCGGAGCUGCUGGUGGGGGACACGCAGUACGGUCCCCCCGUGGACGUGUGGGCCAUCGGCUGCGUGUUCGCCGAGCUGCUCUCGGGGGUGCCCCUGUGGCCGGGCAGGUCGGACGCGGACCAGCUGUACCUCAUCCGCAGAACCCUGGGGGAUCUCAUUCCCAGGCACCAGCAAGUGUUCAGCACCAACCAGUUCUUCAGUGGGGUAAGAAUUCCAGAGCCAGAGAGCAUGGAGCCAUUGGAAAUGAAAUUCCCCAACAUUUCAUACUCUGCACUGGCUCUCAUGAAGGGCUGCCUUCGGAUGGACCCUGCAGAGAGGCAGAGCUGUGAGCAGCUGCUGCAGCACCCCUACUUGGACAGCUUUAGGGAGGCAGCAGAGCUGGGCAAAGAACAUGGGAAGAGCCCUCGGAAACCUGCCAGGCUGACUCGGAAGCACAUGCCCGGGUUACAGCACCUGCCUCAGCUGACCUGCAGCAACGUUCUCCCAGCUUUGGACAGCAAGAAGAACUGCUGCCAGACAAGGAAAUCAAAGUGCCACUUCCCAAACAUCUGACCAGGUGGCAAAUCACAACUCAGUAGCUGGAAGUCAUCCAGGAUUCCUGAAUGGAGGAUAUGGAGUGGAAAACUAAAUUACUCCAAGUUAUUGCAUGUACAGAGUAGUGUGUCCUCUACUCUGGGUCACUGAUGGAGAGGAGGUGAUGCAGAAACAAUUCCAAGCUCAUCUUAGUGUUCUGUGUACAAAGGCAAAUACAUUCUGCUUUAAUUCCUGAUUGCCUCCUGGUUCAGGAUUACCCCAACCCAGUGCUCACAGUAUGAAAUUGAAAACUCUGCAUUUCAGACUUGGCAGGAGAACUCGACCUUGCCAAAUACACGAGUCCCUCCUGCUUUAGCCUGGCCCAAGUCCCUGCUGUGUGAGGAGCUGUGGCUGUGCUGCUGAAGGGGUGGAGGAUGUGGAGGUGCAGCCCAGGCUGAGGGGCUGCUCUCAGCUCCAGAGUUACACCGGGCUCACUCCUGCCCUUACACAGCUCAGAAGUUUCAAAG